ACAGCCGGGUUCUUCUGGCCGGCUGUCAUGCUAAUUAUGAACCUCGAAUUUGCCCUUUAGUUUGGAAAAAAAAACAUUGGUAAGUCUUAGUGAAUUUGAGGAAGUCACAAAAUGGGGAAGAAAACGAAGAAGGAAAGCGAAACUCCAUGCAAAGAAACGAUUGAGCCACUAUCUGUUGAGGGUAAAACUCCAGAAACAGUAGUGCUGCUGCUGAGCUCCCCAGAGGAGGACAUCCUAGUCAAAGCCUGUGAGGCAAUCCACACCUUUGCAGAAAAAGGAGACGAGAACAAGGUUUCUCUGCUGGGCCUCGGGGCACUGGAACCUCUCUGUCAGCUUAUCACUUACAACAACAAGCUGGUCAGACGCAACGCUUUCAUGGCCUUGGGGAUCAUGGCCACCAACGGUGAGGUAAAGAGUGCUCUGAAGAAAAUAGAUGUAAUUCCAUCAAUCAUUGACAAACUGUCACUUGAAGACGAUGUAGUUGUCCAGGAGUUUGCGACUCUGUGCCUGGCCUCUCUGUCGGUGGACUUCAUCUGUAAGGUCCAGAUCUUUGACAACAUGGGGCUGCCACCUCUAAUCCAGCUCUUGUCCAGUGCAGACCCCGACGUCAAGAAGAAUUCUCUAGAGAUCAUCUUUAACCUGGUUCAGGACCACCAAAGUCGUGUGGCAGUACAUGAGUUUGGGGGGAUCCCUCCACUUCUUGAACUGCUAAAGUCGGACUUCCCUGUCAUUCAGCAUUUGGCGUUAAAGACCCUGCAGAACGUCACCACUGAUAAAGAUACACGCAACACCUUCAGGGAAGUGCAAGGGUUUGACAAGCUCAUGGAUAUCCUUUGUACUAUGGACUUCAGUGACCUUCAUGCUGAUGCCUUACAGGUAGUUGCUAACUGUUUGAGUGAUAGUGAGAGUUUCCAGCUGAUCCACAUGGAUGGAGGACUGACGAGGCUGAUGGAGUUUCUUCUCACCCCCAACAUUCCUCAAAUCCAGUUCCAUGCUGUGAAAUGCAUUGGCAGGGUGGCUCAGAGCUCUGAGAAUGUCACACUGCUCCAUGAGCAGAAUGUGGAGAAGGUUCUGGUAGAGCUUCUGUCCGUGGCGGACAUCGGCGUGAAAACAGCGACCUGCGAGGCGGUGUCCGUCCUCAGCUUCUACCUAGCCAGCAAAAACAGCUUCAGAGACCUGGGUGGAAUCCCUGCAGUUGUGCAGUUGCUGAACAAUGAGAGUUUGGUGCUGAGAGAAGCAGCAACCCAGGCCCUCUCUGACCUCACACAUGGCAGCCAGCUCAACGCUUUUGCAGUGUACGAGGCAGGAGGCCACAAGCUCCUUGUCCAGCAGCUGUGUGGAAGCUGUCUCGGGACGGUGGCCAAUUCUGCUGCCACACUUGGCCACAUGGCAGCACAGGAGGUCAUGCGCUGCAGUAUCUUGUCACAUGGAGCCGUACAGGCUCUGGUGGAGGCCUUGCAGUCCACAGAUACGCAGGUCCUGGUCAACACCACACAGUGUCUGGCAGUGCUGGCCACUGAUGCAGAAGCUAGAGCAGAGCUACAAAGUGCUGGAGGCCUUCCGUCACUGGUCUGUCUGCUGCACUCCCAUCACAAGAAGGUGUUGCACAAUGCAUGCUUGGCUAUCAAUGCCUUUGCCUGUGAUGUGCCCGCCGCGGUGGAGAUGUGCAAAUUUGGAGCCCUGGAGAUGCUCCAGGAAGUCAACUCAUCAGUGAGUCGAAGGAGCCGCUUCAGCGAGCUGGCCAUGAUAAGCCUGCUUAACUCCAACUUGUCUGUCAAAUACAGCCUGACGGGUUGUUUGUCCUCCACUGACGUCAUUAGUGAUGGCUUCUAUGACGCUGGGCAGGCUCGUGCAGGUCAAAGGAUUCUGACUUUAGAGGAAAUGUCUGAGCAGCCUGUCAACGAGCACCGACCCGUCAUUGUCGUCAACACAGCAGCCGAAGAGACAGUGGAUGUGCCAGAAGAGAGGCAGAGCAACGCAUCAGAAACUGACACCAGCAUCAAGGCAGAGCGCAGGACCCCGAGGAAGAAAAAGAAGGAUAACAAACAGAAAGAUGAACAGAAAGAUGAACAGAAAGAUGAGCGCCAGCCUGAGUCUCCGACAGAGAAACCAUGGAGGAUGAUGGACGACGUCUUAUUGCAGGUUCUCAUUAAAGAGGCCAAAGAAUCCAUCAUCCCCCUGAGUGAUGAACGAGAGCAGUGCGCUGCCUUGGCCAGGCUGGUGAGUGAAGCCAUGGGCGGAGCAGAGGAGAUGGAAAAGUUGCACAAAUUCCCGUGGGUGCUGCACCUCAGCGAGCUCAAGUUUCAGCUUCAGUCUAAUGUUGUUCCCAUCGGCAUGAUCAGCAAGGGAAUCUACUGCCAUAGGGCACUUCUCUUCAAGUGUCUGUCAGACUGCAUUGGAAUGAGCUGCACACUUGUUAGAGGUGAGUACAACCGGGCUUGGAACGAGGUUCUGCUCUUCAAUGGGAAACCCUCCAGGAAUAAGUGCUCUUUACAGCCCUGUCGCUACAUAGUCGACCUUAUGCACCAGCCUGGAAGCCUGCUGACAGUCAGCACACCUGCUGCUGUGCAAUACCAGACACUUCACUGAGACGCAUUAAGGAUAUUGAUUUGUAUUGUAUGUGUAUCUGCUGUAUGGCAGACCUUUAAAUCAAACAAUAAAGUCUUGAAUUAUUACUUGAUUGUUUUGAUACAUGCACAAGCCUAAA